CAUGAAAAGGACAACCUCACAUGAGUAGAACCAGAUCAUUCAUGGGUCCCCUACGUUGGAGCAUUAACCUUAUCACUCUCUCUCUCUCUAUCUCUCUUUCUUUAGGAACCUAAAAAGCAAAGAAUUAUAGGCUUCACCUUUGUUCAAUUGCACUGAAAGAACCUUCGAGGGAGGCAACACAAAAGAAAGAGAGAGAAAAAAUGGGGAUUUCUUCCUCCUCCUCUUCUUCUUGUUUGUUGCUUGCUUUGUAAGCCAAAAUGCCAGGUCAAAAAAACCCAGAAACAACUUUCCCUGUUGAUUCCUCCACGAUCUUAAUUUGUUUUGUUUAAGGUUUUCAGUGUGUGUGUGUGUGUGUUUUAGUCAAAGAAGAAGGCACCGUCCCUCAAAGAUCGAGAAUACUUCUAUUUGAAGGUCAGUUUCUUGUUUUAGUUUCAAAUUAUAGCAGCUAGCUGGAUCAAUAAUACCAUCUAGAGUGAUAAAGAAGGGAAUCAUAAUGAACUUUAUGCAAGAGGAAAAAGGGUAUUGUAAUAACGAAGAUCAAGAGGAUGAUGAUGAGGAAGUACUGAUAAGAGAAAUUUCAAGCAACUUCCCGUUUUCCCCUUCUUCUUCAUCGUCCGUUUCUUCCAAGUACAAGGACACCGUCCACUUAUCGCUUGGAACCUUGGAUUCUCGACAAGAUCACAAAACCCAAGAGCCUGGUUUCAAUUUCGACAAGAAACUAGAGUUUAUGGAUUUGUCACUUGGAAACAGCAGCAACAACAACAACAACGAAGAACCAAACGUUGUCAGAAGCUGUAGAGGCGGUGAUGGUGAUGAUGGUAGUAAGUCUAUUGAGAAAGAACACAUGUUUGAUAAAGUUGUCACACCAAGCGAUGUAGGCAAGCUCAAUCGCCUCGUUAUACCGAAGCAACAUGCCGAGAAAUACUUCCCUCUCGACUCGUCCUCGAUCGAAAAAGGGCUGUUCUUGAAUUUCGAGGAUCGGACUGGCAAGUUGUGGCGGUUCCGGUACUCGUAUUGGAAUAGUAGCCAGAGUUAUGUGAUGACCAAAGGUUGGAGCCGUUUCGUAAAGGAAAAAAAGCUUGUUGCAGGUGAUAUAGUGUCGUUUCAGCGAGGUGUUGGGGAGUUGGCAAAAGACCGGUUGUACAUCGACUGGAGGCGCCGGCCCUAUGUGCUGGAUCCGGCACCGUUUGCACAUAUUCAGCUCCAAAAUCAGUUCAACUUCCCUCAGCCGGUCCGGUGGAGUAGACUCUACUCGCUGCCUCAACCGAUUUGCAUGUCUCGCAACUAUGAACCUUUGCAUCGGUUGAAUUACAGCAUUUAUCCUUACAAGCAUCACCACCAACAGCAGCAGCCGCAGCCGCAUCCGCAUCAGGCGAUUACUUAUAGCAAUGGGUCGGAGUAUUAUCUAACGUCAUCAUCACAUCAAAUUGGGGCAUUGCAAGGAGGAGGAGGAAGAGGGAGAGGGGAGCCGAUGGUGAUUGAUUCAGUGCCAGUUGUUCGGGGAAACAAAACUGCGGCUAAAAGGUUAAGGUUGUUUGGUGUGAACAUGGACUGUCCUAAUCCGACACAAGAUGAAUCUUCUUCCUCUUCUCUCCAACCAAAACUGUCCAAUAACAAUAACAACUCCUCACUGUCCGAUAUUCAGGCUGAAUGUUCAAAGAAAGGGAAAUCUUCCUUGUUCAUUGAUUUGGAGCUCUGAUCAUUUUCUUCUCUUUCUUUUUCUGCUUCUUUUUCAUCCCUUGUCGUCAAAAUCAUGACAGACACUGGAUUUAGGAAAGAGGGCCGAAAGAUAUGACUUCGUCAAUCUGAGUUUCUUUUUUCCUUUUAAUUUAUUUUUUGUUUCAGUACAUUUGUUAGUUAAGGUUUGGGAUCUGUGAAAGAGCCAAGGAUGAAACAAGCUGCAACAUAUGGAGUUGAAACUUGUGUAUAUAUAAUACAAAAAUUGCAACC